AAUACCUUAUAAUGUACGUAUUCGUGGAUUUCCACCUAAUUUCCAGAAUGUGACAAAAAUGACAUGGGAAUCCAUAGAUUUUCAUGCAACCAUUGCCGAGAUUGCUGUCGUGGCAGUGAGAGACUGGCAACUUCUUUAAUUGCACUGAUUAAUUAAUCUUCCCAUGUGUCGUUUUUCCAGCCCAAAGGACUGGAAAUGAAUGCUCAUGUGCAAUAUCUCUGAUGAUCUCUUCCUCAUGACGCACUGACAUAUAUAUAUCAUGCACUUAUAAUUUUCUAAUGGUAAUAUGUGUGUUGAGAGUGAGGAGGGGGUACUUAAAAAGACCAAUUAGCUGAUCCGUAGGUUGAUAUAUAAUUUGGCGCGCGUAUGAGCAAAGAGAAGUAGUUGGCGUGUAUAUAAAGAGGACGAUUGUGUUGUUUCUUGAAGAGAGCAAAUGCAAAGAACUCUGUGUAGAUUCUUGUCGUAAACGCUAGCUAUGAUCUGGAACAUGUGGAACUGAGGGAGGUUCAUCCAUGCAAUCCCCAAGUCUCCGUCAGUGACAUCUCUCUAACACCUUUCAUUGUUAAUUAAUGCAUACAAAUUACAAAAAGAUUAUAUAGCCUGCUGGCAUCUUAUAUUCGCAAGUAGUACUGAAACAACUGCAUCAGAAACACACUUCCAACCAGCUUGGAGUUAGAUCAAAUUUAACAUUGAAGUUGAUCAUUGGCACUCAAUAUCAUGGCUGAUGAGGACAGUAGUUUACGUUCAGCUGAGAGAAAGUACUGGAAGAGGAUGCCAAUCUUUGUUUUCUUUAGAGAUGCAAGACUGGUUUUCAAGUUGGAUACUCUAGGUUGGGAGAUACUGGGCAUAGCAUUACCUGCUGCCCUCGCCGUGGCUGCUGAUCCCAUUGCUUCUCUGAUCGACACUGCAUUUAUUGGUCAUAUAGGACCAGUGGAACUUGCAGCUGCAGGAGUCUCUAUUGCCUUGUUUAAUCAAGCUUCGAGGAUUACCAUAUUCCCACUGGUCAGCAUUACAACUUCUUUUGUUGCUGAGGAGGAUACUGUUGCAAGAAUCGUUGUCAAAGAAGCAGAUAGGGGCUCUGGUAAGCACAGUGAAACAAAGGAGUGCACACCCGAAGUUGACAAUAUGCUUGAGGAUAUGGAAAAAGGUGAAGCCGAAAAAAAGGGACAUCGUCAGAACUUGGAAAACAGUUCAGUGGAAAACAGUGAAAUGAAAGAGUUUAUGCCGGAGGCUCUGAAGCUCGACUUGGAAAAAGGUUCAACCAAACAAAAUCAUGUCGACAAUGCGGAAAGCAGUAGUACUUCAGCCCAAGAGAGUCAAAACAAAGAAUUAAUGCAGCCAAGUUCUACGCUAGCGGAUCAUCAUAUGGACAAAGAUGCAGCAACAAAAUCAGAAAAUGAUUUCGACCCAACUGUGGACAGCAAAUCUGCUAUUGGCUGCUGCAGCAGCAAAAAGAAGACCAAAACCAAAACGGAGAAGCGACAUAUUGCUUCAGCAUCUACAGCACUACUUUUUGGUGCAGUCCUUGGCGUCGUUCAAGCUGUAGUGCUUGUUUUUGGGGCCAAACCUCUCUUGCAUGUGAUGGGUGUGAAAUCUAGUUCACCUAUGCUAGCCCCAGCCCUGAAAUACUUGAAAUUGAGAUCACUCGGUGCUCCUGCAGUUCUUCUAUCGUUGGCCAUGCAAGGGAUCUUUCGAGGGUUUAAGGAUACAAAAACUCCUCUAUAUGUCAUUGUUGUGGGAUAUUCAACAAACAUCAUUUUGGACCCGAUACUUAUCUUUGUCUUGCGUAUGGGCAUCAGCGGUGCAGCAAUUGCACAUGUUCUUUCCCAGUACUUGAUUUUGUCAAUCCUCCUGUGCAUGUUAAUGAGAAAAGUUUAUCUCUUACCCCCAAGUCUUAAGCAAUUGCAGUUUGGUCGAUUUCUCAAAAAUGGUGGUCUGCUAUUAGCAAGAGUUGUAGCUGUGACAUUCUGUGUGACGUUGGCAGCCUCAUUGGCAGCACGGUUGGGUCCAACGCCUAUGGCUGCAUUCCAGACUUGCUUGCAGGUCUGGUUGACAUCAUCCCUUCUCUCAGAUGGCUUGGCUGUUGCUGGACAGGCAAUUCUAGCCUGUGCAUUUGCUGAGAAAGACUACAAGAAAGCAACCGCUACUGCAAACAGAGUAUUACAGAUGAGUUUUACUCUAGGGGUGGGGCUUGCUCUUCUUGUCGGAAUUGGUCUGUACUUUGGAGCAGGGAUCUUCUCCAGAGAUGUUAACGUUCUACACCUUAUAAAAAUAGGACUCCCUUUUGUUGCUGCUACACAACCGAUCAACUCAUUAGCUUUUGUGUUUGAUGGAGUGAACUUUGGAGCGUCUGAUUUUGCCUAUUCUGCGUACUCUUUGGUUCUUGUGGCCGCAGCAAGCAUUACAACCUUGUUCAUUCUUUACAAAAGUAACGGAUUUCUAGGAAUCUGGAUUGCUCUAACCGUCUACAUGUUUCUGCGCACAUUUGUUGGUAUUUGGAGGAUGGGCACUGGUACAGGACCUUGGGGCUUUCUCAGGAGUCGAUCGUUCUGGUCCUAGCCAGGCAUUCCAACGACCUCAACCAACAUCUUUACGCUGCCCCUUUUUUUUUUUCUUCUUCUUCUUCUUCUCAUGCCAUGUAAUUGGUACUCAAGACCCUAAUAUUUCUUCGCAUUUGUCGCACUACUCCUUAAUUAUUUGUAUCAGUGUUGGACCUAUAUAUUAAUAUAUGUUCCUGUUACAACGUUA